CGCGUAUUAACUAACAUACUCCGGGUCUGAUAUACUGAUAUCUUCAUCGCUCCUGAGAGAUAAAUCGUCUCUGAUUGUCCGCCACCGCCACCAACGGCCGACGGCUAUCGGCGAGGAAUAGUUUUCAACCGCCCUCUGAAAAGAUGACUACCCACCAGCCCUACGACGCCUACUACCUCUCUCAACCACUGCCCGUUCCGUACAACACUAGCAGCAGAGCUGAACGCGAUCUGAUUCGAACGGUCUUCGUAUCGGGCCUCCCAGACGACGUCAAAGCUCGUGAAAUUCAUAACCUUUUUAGGCGCCGUCCCGGCUUCGAGUCUUGUCAGCUUAAGUACACCGGCCGCGGAGAUCAGGUUGUUGCAUUUGCCAACUUUGUCGAUCAUCAAUCAGCAAUGGGGGUAUUGCACUCAUUAAACGGUGUGAAGUUCGAUCCUCAAACAGGAUCCACUUUGCAUAUUGAACUUGCCAGAUCAAAUUCCAGGAGGACAAAAAGACCAAGGAGCGGGCCCUAUGUUGUUAUUGACAACAGAUCUAAAUCUAACAAAUUUCGGAAAGGCACCUCAAGCGAUGAAGACCCAAAUGAUAGUGAUUCUGAUGACCCAUCAAGGCCUAAUGAUCCUGAUUCUCACAACAAGGAUGAUUCACCCGAAAAGAGUGGCGAGAAAGUGGGCAACGGUGACAAUGUUUUAGCUGCACAAAAUGAACAGGCAGAAAAGACAGGAGAUGGUACACAACCAUGUUCCACUUUAUUUAUUGCCAAUCUUGGUCCUGACUGCACAGAAGAUGAACUGAAGCAAAUUCUGUCUCAGUACCCUGGUUUCAACACCCUGAAGGUUCGUGCUAGAGGUGGAAUGCCGGUUGCUUUUGCAGAUUUUGAGGGUGUUGACAAAGCAACAGAUGUCAUGAACGCACUUCAAGGAACCACAUUGCCAUCAUCAGACCGGGGUGGCAUGCAUAUAGAAUAUGCUAGAUCUAAAAUGAGGAAGCCUUGAAACUCACUUUGGGGAAAAGCUAAUAUUUUGAAGGCCAGUAGCUGCAACUUUAAGGCUUUAAACAUCAUGACUUUGUGGGUCAGUGAAUCUCCAAGCCUUUCCUUUCUCUAUCACAGCUGGAAGAUGGAACUACUUGCCUAGCCAGUUCACUCUAUACAAUGAUGGUUUCAAUAUCAGUACAAUUAGUUUAUGUCUAGGUAGUCUUAUCAGGCUUAUUUCACUUAUGCAACUUUUUAAUCUUGAUAAUAAUGCACAAUUUAACUGGUUUGUCAUGAGUUGAGGGAGACUUCUUGUCUGUGAGACUGUGAAUGUUAUAGACAACACUGAGACUCUCAAAAUAAGGUCAUACAAGUAUACAACUCGUAAUUACUCUCUCGAAUGUGAAAGGUGUGUUCUUUGGAGCCAAUGAUUAAUCUGGCGAAGUCAAUUAUCCAGUAGUGUUUACGAAAAAUAGUGAUUCUUUUUUGUGAAUGACCUUCAAACG